CGCACACACAGCAUUCGUCUAUCGUCUUCGUCGUCGUCGCGAUUUUGAAACUCUCUCGCUAGCGGACGGAGUGAAAUUCGGAAAAUUUGUGAAUUUCCCGCUGGGAAAGUGAUUGAACCGUGCGAAACAGGAAGCGUCAAACGUGUGGCUACCGCGAGAAAGUGAAUUCGCGUUCGUUUGCCAUGUUUCCGCCGUGAAAUCCGGUCGAAAACGGUGACGAAAGAGUUGGGUGAUUUUCCUCCGUCGUCGGAUUGGAUCGCAGCAACCUCUUUUUUCGUUCGUUUCUUUUCUUUUCUGCUCUUCGUCGCGUCGCGCUCUGUACCCUACUUUUCAGCUAGUCGGUCGUGGAAUGAGCCUACAAACGACUGGCCUGCUGGGAUCUGCAGAAACACGACGAAAAACAGCAGCAAAGGAGGCUGUGCGAAUGAAGAAAACCAUCGGAAAUCGAGAGAAAAAUGUUUGAAAAUUUACUAUUGGUGUUUAUGUGUCAAAUCGGUUUCCCUUCCAGCGAUAUUCUGGACGCAGUGAAAAGCCUAAACUUCCGACGAAGAUCUAGCGUCACAGAAGUCAACUAAAAAUUUUGUUCGAAACGAGUGUAAAAAAAACUGAAAGAAGCAUGAAUUUUGCAUUGAUACAACAUUAGCACGUAAGCAGUCUACUAGACAACAACAAUCGUCUGUCAACGCUGGAGAGAAGAAGCUUUUGCGUUCUUCGCUCACUCCCACAACAAUCACGGUCUUUGGUCCACUGUAGAAGCGACAGAUAGUAGGCAACCAUGGGCGAUCGAGAUAUACCAAGUGUCCCUAUUACCACCCUGGCUGGUCUGACCAGUCUGUCGGACAUGCUCAGUGAGUUGCCGAUAUCGGACUCCUUCUCAACGGUGUCGACCGCCUUGAAUCGAUCGUUGCUGUUCCAUCCGCGCGUCGCCGAGGAAGCCAAUAACUUAUUGGCGACGCGAGAUGAUAGCCUGAUUGGACAGCUGGUGAACGCCAUCGAGCAAACCAACUCGGAUCACAUCGAGCUGAAGGAUCAGUAUGGUCAGCAAUCGACUAGCAAAUCGCUACAGGAAGGCCCGCUGCUGUUGCAGGCCAUCCAUUCUUGCCAAGCGGAUGUGUUUAACAGGCCUCAAACCCUACAUCAUCAACAGCAGCAGAUGCUUGUACAACAGCAGCAGCAACAAAAAAUAAUAUUUACAUCACAAACCCAAGCUUCAAACUAUCCUAGCGAACACUCUUCGCUACAAACACAUCAUCAAGUGCAUCAGGAUUAUUUGACUCCAAUAACGCAACAACAGCAGCAGCCACAACAAAUUGUUUUUAGUCAGUCCCCAGUUACAAAACAACAUUCUAAUCAUCCAUCUGUAGAAAUCCAGCCCCAUCAGCAGUCGCAAUUUCAAUCAAACCCUACGGUUCUAAUUGCAGCUCCGCUGAAUCAGGCUAAAAUUUCCUAUUCUCAACAACAGCAGCAACAGCAGCCAACACAAACAACAACAUCGCCAAAUCAGAAAAUCAUCAUCCGCCAGCAAGUUAUUAACCUUCCAAAUAUUGCUUAUUCAUCCAAUCCUGCAGAAAACAACCAGCAACAACAACAACAAAUCUUCCAUCAACAACAACAGCAGCAACAUAUAUUACAUCAGCAACAACAGCAGCAUAAUCAAAACGUUAUCGUCGCACACCAAUCGGUUAUUCAGAGUCAACAGCCGCCCCAUUUCAAUCAGCAGCAACAACAACUUCAUCCCAACCAGCAGAUGUUGCAACAGCAGCAUCAGCAACAACACAAACCGGUUGACCCCCAUCGGACGGUAAUUCAUCAGCCGGUUACAACAGCAGCAUCUUCCUCGACUGAGCUUCCGGAUCUGAUGGUUUCACAACAGCAGCUGCAACAACAACAAUAUCAUCAGCAACUGCCCAAUCAUGUUGACACCCAACAACAGCCUCAGCUGCAACAGCAACAGGCACUACAUCAUCAACAGCAGACUAUCGUACAACAAUCGCACCAAAAUGUGAUAAACAAAAACAACAAUAUAAACAGUGCCUCCACGAUAGUCCAACAUCACCAGCAAAUAACAGCAAACCACGUUCAGCCAUUACAACAGCCACAACAACGUUCACCACUGGCAGCACCAAAGCAACAAUCUCAUCCGGCUAUAAACGAACAAUCUCAGUUGAAGAACGGAAGUACGCCUGCUGUGCAGAACCAUCAGCCUUACCCUCGGCCGCAUGCUCCCACGCAACAAACACCACAACAGCAGCAACAACAACCCAAUGUCAAUCAUCUCAUAAAAACACCGGAGGCUGCACCACGCAACAGCGAAUACCUUCAACAACAACAGAGCAAAAACCUGGACGCCCGUGGCCGUCCCUCACCGGCUCAAGGUACGACGGCACCGGAAACAGAUCCAACUCAAACCAGCCUACGUAAGCAACAUGAGCAUCAACAAGCUCAGGCAGCUUCUCCUCCUGUUCAGCGAAUAAACCAGCCGACACCGAUGGCAACUCCUCCCAACAAACCACGCCCACCUGGUGGUGUUCCACCUGGAGGCACGUCAACUAGUACCACCCCUUCAACGAAGCCAAUAUCUGUUGCGGGCGCAUUGCAACGGGCGGGGGCCAUUGCAAUACCAAAACCAGCCAUAACAACACCAGUAACAUCUAUCGCAGUGGCGGGAGCACUGAUGAAGGCACCAGCAAUUACCACGUCCGCUCCAACAACGCCGAACAGUUCAGCAGCCGCCAAUCAGCAGCAAACACCCCAAACUGGCCAAACCCCGCAGCAGCAACAGCAACCCAAUAAAACUCCUAUGAAAAAGCCCCAACGAGUUAACCUUAAGAAACUGUGUCGCAUGAUCGCCAUGACUGAAGUGGAUACUUUGAAUUUGAAAAAGUGUUCAGUCAAAUUAGAGAAACUAAACGAGGAUCAUAUGAAAAUGAUGCAGGAGGAUUUAAAGAAGUUUGCUCAGGUUGAACCGAAGCUGGCGAUGAGCUUAGGGUUGGUUAAGAAGAGCGCUGAAAUGAUAUUCAGCAAGAUGAAAGAAGACGAAAGGAGGUACAGUGGUUUGCUAGCGAAACGGAAGGCUCAGGACGAUGCGAUGAACCCUGAAGACAUGUUCAGUAAGCCAAAGCUUAGAAAGGUGGAAAAAAUGGUGGUACCUGUGGUGAAGAAGUUAUCCAAGGAAGAACUUAUGAAUACAAACACUUACCAGAGGUUUAUGUCGAUUAUGGGAAAGAUAUUCGAUCAACUGGAUGAGACUGAGGCCCCUAAUUUGGACGACGGUGACGAACAGUUCGAAUGUAUUCCAACCAGCAUGCUCAGUAAUAUUAGUUCGGAAACUGCAAAACUGAAGGCUCGCAAUGCAAUUGACGCCAUCCCGGAAAAUAAGCUCACAUUGCUAAUUACUUACGCGAUGCGUUCAAUACAUUCGGCAAAGAAUCUUAGCGGGACGGAACUUCAAGACGACUUGGUCGGGGACGAAUGCAUUGAGAAAAUUUUGAACGCUAUGGAAGCGGCUUUGCUCAUUUGUUCCAUUUACACUUGCAAGAGUACAAAAUUCUUGCAGGAGGACAAUAUCGAUGCAAUCAUCAAGUUCGUGCAGUUUCAACUGCGAGAAACAGUAUUUCCUUCGUAUGAUCCCGUGUACUCGGUUGAAACGAAGAAAAAGGUAGACGGCAAAAAAUCGAAAAAGAUACCAACCUAUCAGCAGAAGGGUCUUUCGGUUCUGUAUACAAAAAUCGUAGAACUGGGCAAGCAGUUGGUAACGAUGUUUGAAAAGUUCCACUUUGUGGACACCAUUGUGAUACACGCUUCGGCGUUGGGCGUGGAGCCAUUCUUUGUCGAUAACAUCGAAACACUGCAGUUUGUUUGUCUCGAUCUGGUGACGUCGAUUUUCCAGAACGAGAAGUAUUCCCACCAUCGACGAAAUAUUGUCGCGGACAUUCUUUCGUCGAUCGAUCGUCUUCCGCACUCGAAACGCAAUCUCCGCCCAUACAAGCUGGUCAACAAUGCUGGAAACAUCCAAAUGAUGACGGCUCUCGUACUUCAGUUAAUCCAGUGUGCUGUAGUGCUACCAGAAUCCCUAGGAGAUAGUAACACUAAGAAAGCAAACAACGAAGCCAUUGUCAAUAGCAGUAACCCCAAAUCGGCUGACCUCUACAUCAUUGGAAAGUAUGACACUGCUUUGAGCAUUGGCGGAAACUUUCUGGCAACUUUUUUGGAUAAAUGUAAAAGUCGUUCAAGCGAAACGGAUUUCCGUCCUUUAUUUGAGAACUUUAUACAUGAUCUAUUGACAACCGUCAACAAACCGGAAUGGCCGGCGUCGGAACUGUUGUUGAGUCUUCUGGGGACAAUGCUUGUCAAAAAGAUGUCUGACAAGGGCGUGGAACAAUCGAUACGUGUAGUUUCACUCGAAUAUCUUGGCAUCGUGGCCGCUCGAUUACGGAAGGAUACCGUAGAGUCCCGGUGUCGAGUUCGUACUAUGGAUUCGCUCAUCAAGUAUAUUAAGAUAGAACAGGAGAAGGAAGGCGACGAGUAUAAGAGAAACUCUAAGUUUCAGCUCGACGAAGAGGAGGAACGAACGGAAUUCUUGGAAAAGAUUUUACUGGACUUUCUAGCGGCCAACGCUCAAGAGGGAAAUAUCGUGUGGAACCAUGCGAGACAUUUUUACAUCACACAGUGGUACCGUGAUAUUAUCCAGCGGAAGAAGAAUAUCGCUGCUGGUGAAAAAGGCUAUGCGUCUCGAAAAAAGCAAGCGAAAAGGCGGAAAAAGUAUACCAGCGAAUCUGACUCCGACGGUGGAGGAGGGAUUGAUUCGGACAUCGAAGAAGUGAAACCAGGUGUGGAUCAAGAACUGAACAGUGAGAUUUUCCGGCUGCUGGACACCCGGAAGGGAACUUACCUGACUCAGAUCUGUCCCUUUGGAGGUAAAAACGCCGGAAUCAGUGAAAUCAAAACCUACAUCGAUUAUGGAAAUGCCAACUUGAUCGCGCAAUAUUUAGCAAGCAAGCGAUCGUUUUCGCAAAGCUUCGACAAGUAUCUGCAGAAGAUCAUUCUGGUCGUGCGGGAACCGGUCGUGGCGAUACGAACACGAGCGAUGAAAUGUUUAGGCAACAUCGUCGAGGUGGACCAGAUGGUGCUUGCACGAAAAGACAUGCAAAUGGGCGUCCACCAGAAACUGUUGGAUACGGCCAUUUCGGUGCGAGAGGCAGCAGUGGAUUUGGUGGGGAAGUACAUCCUCUCCGAUCCUGACCUAAUCGAUCAGUAUUACGACAUGAUUUCGACGCGGAUAUUGGACACGGGUGUUUCAGUUAGGAAACGGGUAAUCAAAAUUCUAAGGGACAUCUGUAUGGAGUAUCCGGAGCAGGAUAAAAUUCCAGAUAUUUGCGUCAAAAUGAUUCGAAGGGUCAACGACGAAGAGGGUAUUCAGAAGCUAGUCAUGGACGUCUUCAUGACAAUGUGGUUCAAUCCGUGCAAUUCUAAUGAUAAGGCGGCAAUGGAUAGGAAAAUAACUCAAAUCAUCGAUGUUGUUUGCUCAUCCCAUGAGACUGGCACUCAGGGCUUCGAUGCAUUACUCAAAUCGAUAUUUGAACCAAAAGAAAACAAAGAGGACUCGAAAGCCAAGAAGGAGAUCCCAAAAACGCUGAUCAAAGCUUGCCAGCAGAUCGUCGACGGAUUGGUGGACGCAACGAUGAAGCUGGAAAGCUCCGAAAACAAGAAACUGGUCGGCUGCAUCACCGCGUUGCAUCUUUUUGCAAAAAUCCAACCCCAGCUGCUAGUAAACCACGCGAUGACACUGGAACCGUAUCUGAACAUACGUUGCCAGAAUGCCAUCAACUACAAGUUCAUCAGUAGCGUAGCGGAAAUUUUGGAGCAGGUGGUGCCCUUGAUGGAUCAUCCCAGCGAAAUCUUCCUUGCUGAUCUUGAAUCGCAUCUGAUGAUGCUUAUUGUGACGCAAAGCCAAGCAGUGGUGCUGAGUUGUGUUUCCUGUCUGUCAGCAGUUGUAAAUAAAAUUACCAAGAACUACACACUGAUACGAGACUGUUUUUCUAAAUUUUACUAUAAGGGAUUGGUAUCUAGUAAAGAAAAGUUAAUCUCCGAUCCUUCGAUCCCAAUAGAGCAACUGUAUAGGCCUCAAUUUAGGCGAAGUAUAUACACGGUAGGAUUAAUCAUGAGGUACUUUGACUUUAGGUUGCCUGAUGUCUACGGUGGAGAAGAAGAUGCACAAGGAGCGUUACCAGCCAAUAUCUGUGAGGACGUGUAUAGUACGCUAGCAUUUUUUCUCUCGUGUAGUCAUAGUGAGAUUUGUAAGGAAACACUGCUGUCGAUGGGUAAUUUCUGCGUGAAAAACUACGAAUAUCUGACGAAGCAAGAACUUCGGGAUUAUUAUAAUUAUCUGCUAACGCAGGACACCGUACUGACAGAGAUGAAAAUUGUCGUCCUGAAGAACAUUUUAAUGUAUCUUACCGAAGAAGAAAACAAAAUGGUGCGAAAUGACAAAGAAUGGGCUAAGCAAUCACAAACCGAAGACUUGAAAGAGAUGGGUGACGUGUCAUCUGGUAUGGCCAGUAGAGUUAUUCAGAUCUACCUGAAGGAAAUCCUGCGAAGUUUUCUGCAUCGAGACACCGGUGUGCGAAUGUGGGCAAUGCGUGUGGUGGAGAUUGUGCUGCGGCAGGGUCUGGUACAUCCAGUACAAAUAGUUCCUUUCUUAAUAUGCUUAAGUACGGACCCAGAAAAAGAGGUUGCACAUAGUGCAGAUCGUCAUCUCCAGGAGAUUGACAAGCAGUAUCCGGGUUUUGUAAAUAUGAAAUCUCAUGCCGGUUUGCAGUACUCAUACGAUUUACAAGUCUUGUUACAAAAACAUGACGACAGUAGUAUAGUUAGAGGAUAUAGAAUCAAAGAUCCGCAGGAGCCUCCGAGUGCAUUGAACGGUUUCUUGUACACUUUAUUGCGCAACACGAAACCGCAGCGGCGAGCGCUUGUCCAAUCGAUCACGAAGCAAUUCGACGACGGGAAAAUCGCACUGCAGCAGAUGCUCUACCUUGCGGACAAUCUGGCCUACUUUCCGUACAUGGUGCAGGACGAACCUCUGUACAUAAUUCAUCAUAUUGAUGUGUUGAUAUCCGUCACUGGCACCAACCUAUUGGCCACGUUUCGCGAGGGGUUGAAACCACCGCCUGGAGCGGAAAAUAACCCAGAGCAGGCACCCAAUCCACUAGAAGAUGAUGAUGACGAUGAUCAAGAAGUGAUUCUCAGUCGAUUACCGGAUGACACAACCGAACUGCAGAACUGCAUUACCUCGGCGCAGGGUUGCAUGCUUUUAUUAAUACUCAAGCAGCAUUUGAAAGAUAUCUACGGUAUCACAGAUUGCAAAAUUUCUCGAUACUCACCAUCUGAAGCGGGUAAAAUAUACGACAAAACAAUGCAGAGGCGAUCGAAUUCAUUGUUCGAUCCGAAAGCAACUAUUACGCUGUUGAAAGAGAACCGCCAAGUGAUGGCAGACCAAUCGGAAGAUGACCGAGCAGAGCUCGUGCAACGAUACCUGGAUUUCAAACAACUCAUGCUACGGCUGGAUCCGGAUGACCCCGACCUCCUGGAUGAGGAUGAUCGUGCCCCGCCAAAGAAUUCCGAAACUAACUCAACUGUUACCACUCCGGUGAAGCAAGGUGAAGCCGGUGAGAGUACGGCGGCUACUCCCGUAAGCAAUAAUGUCGGUGGUAGCGCAACGCACUUGAACAAUGUGAACAGUACUGCCACUUCCGCAAGUAGCAAUACGACGUCCGCUGUUAGCACACGGACACCAAAAUCUUCACGGCCACCGCCAACGACAAAUGCAGCGUCCAGUCGGAAAAACCUUCCGUCGCGAAGUGCUCGAAAAAAGCGACGGAAAUUGUCCAGCACGGAGGAAGAGGAAAGCGAUGCUAGUGAUAUGGAUUAUGAUUAGAGAGAGCCAUUGUUACUCAUUCAAUCAGAGAUGUAGGAAAACAGAUGAAACAAGAUACACAUUUAAUAUAUCUAUUUGUGGUGUAAGAAACAAACCAGGAAAAGAUGAUCCACGAUCACUAUACAAAACAAACAAGAAGAAUACAAAAUAAAAGCGCCUGUGAAAGCACAUUUUAGAUGAUUGUUCGAAAGUGCGCCAAUUGUAGAAACAAUAGCAGUAGUGAUAAAGUCCCAUAAACCCGUAGUAUUUUGCUUUCUUCCAACCAGUUAUUGUUGUACCAUUACCACCCCUAGCAAACGCCCACUAAUAAGAAGAGAAACUUGUGUUGCUCUACCGAACUUCUCAUUUGAUGCGUCGAGCGACGCUUCUAUAAAUUGAAAAUUAUGCGCAUUUGAACGAAAGACGUACUGUGUUUGAAUUAUUCCGUAUCGGAUUGAAUGUUUGCAGUACUAGCUCUGUAAAAGGUUUCGAGCAAAUUUCCCAAGGACACAAAGCAGGGUUGAACAUCGUGGUUAAUUAUACACAAAAAAAGUUUCCGGUGUCCCUCGAAAUCUACGAAAAGUAUAAUUAGCGAGUGAGUUUUGUUUACGUCCUUUUUAUGGUGUAGACAGAUCAACUUUUUGGAACAAAAUGCAAAACAAGCGUCUCUCCGAUAACGAUGUAUUCUGUAGUAGGAAGAUGUUUUAACUGAAAAUAUUUAAACAUUACUGUGAAUUAGACGGAUGAAUGGAACAACGUUGAAAAGAAGUAAAUAAUUUAUUUAGAGAGAAAGAGGAGAAAAAAAUAUCCGGGUUUAUUUCUGAGAGAAUGAUACAUUUAAAAAGAAAUAUUUAAUUUAUUGAAUACAAUGCACCAUCAACGAGGAAAGAUGAGAUGUUAUAACAGUGAGUGUGCUUGAGGUGUAACUAAAUUCUGGAAAAUAAUCUACAAAAGAGACUGGUGAAAAUUUAUUAUUAAUAUAAUCGUGACGGAGCAUUUCUUUGCUUGGAGCGAACAGAGAAUUAAAAUUCUGUUACUUAGCGCAUGUGCGAGCGUGCUAAACAUUGUAUGUAAUUGUAUGUAUUCGUAUGAACAAUUGUAAAUAUUUUGUAAAUAUAGAGAGAUAAAAUAUGUUCUUUUUCCCACUCCGAAUGUGAAAAGAUAAGACAAAUUUAGUAGAAACGUAAUUGUCUCGUGAGAAUGAAAAACCACAACAAAAUAACACGUGUUUCGGAUCAGAUAGAAAAUGCAUCUGAGAAAACCAGGAAGAGACUUUAUUUAAAGUGUUUUUAGAUAAAUUAUUUAUACGAAAAAAAACAAGGGAGGGCCGAAAACGAUGCAGAGAAAAUACACAUACAUACACAAAAGUCGUGGAAACUGUAAUCCAGAUGAAUUUUUGUAAUUUAAUUUAGCACCGUAAGCAACAAAACAACACAAAAAGAUGUGCGAAAAAAGUGUAUAAUCGAAAGAUCUUCAUUGUUUUUUUUUAUUAUUUAAAUCAAAAAGUCAAAAAUAAAGAAAAUACUAAAUGAAACUUGUAGAUAA